AUGAGAAGGCGACAUCGGCGCUCCUGGGCAUCGUCUCAAUCUUCAAGGGAAAGUGCCGCCUGCAUUCCCGGCUUCUGUCUCUGCACCCCUUUUCGUCUACCAAGUACUUUGGUCGAUGCCUACCAUAGAUAUGAGAGUCCCCAGGUCGGAAAGAAGGUGGCCACGCAAUCCGAGAUUGACAGCAUACCUCAGGUCUUAGGCCCAAGACUGACACGAUCCUUGACGAUUGGGCGUGAGGAAGCCGAUCGGUCCAAGGAAGAUUCGAUAUCUCCCACAGCAGUAGCCAAUGCCUCUAGAGAUAAUCCUUGGACCAUCCAAAAGACAUGUACCGCCAUUCAAGAGCAGUCACCGCUUUUCAAACUGCCCCUCGAAAUUCGGCAACAGAUUUACGAAUAUGUUCUCGGCGGCUGCCACAUUCAAAUUCACUUCCAAAGCGCUAGGCCUGGUGUCAUAUCUCGAAGUAUAAUGGGCCACCGCCAAGUCCAAGAAGAUGCAUUGAGUCUGAACGGAGACCGGUUUCCAUCGAACAGAACUUCGAGACCGCCAUCACCGACACUCCCGCCAACUUCUACUCCUGUCUGUUUGUGUAGUGUCUUACAAGAUCGUAUGAGCGUUGAUUUGGAGGAAAAGAGGCUCUUACUAGCAUUACCAACAUGCUGUAGAAGAGUUUACAGCGAGACUAUUGAGUUUCUCUACAGGUCCAAUAAGUUCUAUUUCCGCGCAUUGGAAGAUGUGCUGAAGCUCUCUCUCACAAUUCUUCCUGAGCGAAUGUGUUUGAUACAGAAGGUCACCAUACUGAACAAUGACGGCAGUGAAGGUUGGAGCACGUUCAGCAGAGUACUUCCCUGGCUUGAUUGCAGAGCAUCUAGUGGGCUUCCUUGUUCAUGUAUCUCGUGUAUGCCUAAGGAUCUGCUACCCAAUCGGCAGGCUUUCAACUGGAUCCUUUAUACAUGGAUUAUGCGGAUCUUAGAGGGUAGCAAACAAAGUCGCAAGUCUGAAUGA